GGGUUCCCUUCCACCUGCAAAGAAAGAUAUUUGGAUUGCAGAAAGGGCGUGGGCGAGGGUUAAUUUGGACCGACUUCACACACACACACACCCACACACCCACGCACACACACACACCCACGCACACACACACACACAGAGGAGGUCGUUCGUGCUGGUGUUUGCGCGCACGUCCAGCGUGUGAGCGUGUGUGGGUGUGCGUGCGUGUGUGUACGAGAGAGAGAGAGAGAGAGAUGGAGGAAGAAAGUGGAGCGCAUGAAGGACCGCCGAUCGAGGUGGUAAUCGAGGAACUUGCGCAGAGGCUGAAUCGGAAGCUGACGUUCGAGGAAGCAGUUUCCAAGCUGACGGAUAUGGUGGAAAGGGAGUACGCGUCGGCCAGCCCGCCUGCAAAGGAGAAGAUGUUUGCGCUAGUUUGUAGGGUGGAGAAGCUAUUGAGAAAUAGAUACACUGUGAGAGGGUUUUGGAUGGCUGGAAGAAGGCUGUUUGAAAUCAUGGAGGCGGUCGCAGAGUCGCCCAGCGAGAAAAAGCAAGUGCGAACUUUCGCUCAGAAGGCACAAGAGUUCCUUGGCGAGGCAGAAGCGAUGGAGGAACGGCAGGCCGAUCGAGCAUCCACCUCCUCCUCCUCCUCACCAUCAUCAUCAUUGGCAGCGCACGGCAGGCCUCAGCCCUUUCUAUUCGAAGGACAGCUGUCUCAGCCGGAGCCGCCGCCGCCUGCGACGACUCCGGUCCUUGCAUCGUUGUCGGCUAUGGGUGGAGGGGGAAUGGAAUCGGAAACGUUGAUCGCAGCAUUGGCUUGGUUCGUUGCGGAGAACACGCCGACAUCUGACGUCGCAUUCUCACUCGGUGAACAACCUCGCGGCCAACCCUCUCAAGGAGGUGCUGUCGGGCGCAUGGGCGAGAGAAAUGCAGCCGUUGGUGGCAAUGACGAUCAACGGGGAGGUGACGACCAGGAGUCCACCGUCCAGCUUCAUGAAAGGAACCAAGAUGAAGGAGGGCAGUCGGAUGACAUGGUGAUCGAUCGAGCGCCGGAAAGCACGGGUGCGACAAGCGUUGAAGAGUUGGACUUGAGAGACGGAGAUGGCACUAGUGCAAUGACUGAUCAAAGAGAAGUUGUUCAAGUACAUGUUGCGGCCGAGGACGGCGAUAUCGAGGCGUUCCGGGAGAAUGGUCAGGGGGGUGACUUGGGUGGAAGGGCGUCGUUCGUCUUGGGGCUGAGUGCUGAAAGGAUGGAAGAUGUGCAAGAGCAUGUCCAGGUGCGGCAGUCGGGAGUCGAUAUGGACCGAGAUGGUGAGAGACGAGGUUUGGAAAGCGGAAGACGAGAAGAGCGAGGAGGAGGAGGAGGAGGAGGAGGAGGAGGAGGAGGAGGAGAGGGAGAAGCGAGAGCGGCGGAUGACAUCGAGAGCGCGGAGGUUGAUGAUUCAAGCGAUGAAGACGAGGGGGGGGAGGGGAGAGGUGGUGAGCAGGAGGGAAGAGGCGAGCGAGCGCAAGAGACUGAGUCGGAGAGGAUGCCGACAUCUAGUGCCGAGGAGAGAGAGGCUGUGAGAGAGGAGUAUAGGAGGUUGUUUCUGCAGAGGGCACGUGGCAAUCCCGAGGAUGCCGAUGGGGUUGGAGACGGCAAUUUCGGGGCCGGUUACAUUCCGUCUUUGCUGCGGCUUCUGAGAGAAGGAUUGAUGCGCAUAUCCUCGGAUGACCUGGAUGACGUCCUCAGGCAAACCAUUAUUGAGGCAGAAGCUAUGGAGACGGGACCACCACCUGCUUCCAAGGAAGAGGUCGAUAAACUCCCGGUUCAAGAGCUAACCGAGGAGAUGAAGAAGAACCUCGCGGAACCUGAAUGCCCAGUAUGCCGCGAAGAUUUUGCCGUUGGAGAUUCGAUCCGGUACAUGCCGUGCAAGCAUUAUUUCCACCCAGCUUGCUUGCAGCCGUGGCUGGACAAGCACAAUUCGUGUCCCAUCUGUCGGUUUGAGAUGCGAACGGACGACGAGGAUUAUGAGCGGCGGAAGGAGAGGGAAAAACAGGAACAAGAGGAGCGGCGAGGAGUGGAGAAUGCGCUGCCCGAGGCUGAGUUCAUGUACAUGUGAAUUCGAAUCCCAUAACCUCCUUUUAAAAAAAUCAGUGGAGCUGCGACGGAGGCAUGCUGCGCUGUUUGCCUGUGUGCGUCGAAAGUCAUAUAUGGAAGGCCAUACUCAGGCUUUGCGCUUUUCAUAUAUAUCGUCAAACAGAGCUGCCUCGUAAACUGUAGGCAGAGAGGGAGGGAGAAGAGGACAACAAACGAGGGGCUGUGACAAAAAACUGUUUCGUCGUCGGAGUUUCACCGACUACGUAUCUGAUUGCAAUUGCGGCCAGAGCUGGCUGCACCUGACUGCAAUUAUGUCCAGACACACAAGUUGACAAAUUUCUAGUGUGUGUGUGUGCUCUGAGUGCGCCCUCAGCGCUGGUUCCGUGGGCUCUCUGGUUUGCGAAGAGGGGCAGAGCUGUGACCCCCAAACUGACUGUUAAACACGACCAGUUCACACGGGCCUAAAUUGACGAAGCUACCUUCCAAGGCUCGUGAGCAGGCAACUGUGCGCGCACUUUUCUAAGUGGCCUGCCACUUCAGCUACGGGCCCACGUAUACCUUCCAGAGCUGUACUCUGCUUCGGGAGAACGGGCAGUUCGGGAGCUCGGGAGGGAGUCGGUUGGCGAGUUCAUUGUUCGGUUUGGAACACGGCAGUGCAAGGAGCGGCGGAGUUUCCAGUUUGCGCCCGAGGACCAAAAGACGAAAUAAUCGAUAAAAUCAACAAGGAUAGAUGAGGACAACAGUGAUUUUAUUAGAGAGGAUGAGGGAGAUGACGGAUGUCGGUGUUUGCUUUUCGACUGACGGUAGGGGGGGGAGGGGGGAGAGAGAGGGUUGGCAAGGUCUGAGGCCAUCGACAGACGAGACGAGGCGUCAAUUGUAUGUCGUCGUGGACGGAAGAGAACGUCUGUCUUCAAUCUCAAGCUGUUGAGGCAAGGGGCCGAGCGCUCGAUCACAAUCUAGUAUCUAGUGACGGCGGCAGAGACUAUUGCAAGCGCUCUUGGCAGAAGAGAGAGGGGAGAGGAGAGGUCUGUUUGUCUGAAGGUGGGUGGUAAAGGUGGGUGAUCGUCCCAUCGAUUGGAUGCGCUGUCGUCGACGGAAGAGAACGUCUGUCUUCAACCUCAAGCUGUUGAGUCAAGGGGCCAAGGUCUCAAUCGCAAGCAAGUAAGGGAAGGGCCGAUUGCAAGCGCUCUUGAUGGAAGAGAGAGGAGAGGGGAGAGCUCUGUUUGUCAGAACGGAGGCGGGAAAGGUGGGCGAUUAUGUCAGAUGUCAGAUGUCAGAUGUAGAAGUCAGAAGUCAGAAGUCAGAAGUGAUGGCGAAGAUCACAGAAAUUUGUCAGAGCUGGCUGCACCUGACUGCAAUUACGUCCACACACACAAGUUGACAAAUUUCUGUGACAAAAUGUCAGAAGAUUCUGGAACUCGGGGAAGCUAUGUUCACGUCAGGAGAGUUGCAAAAGUGAAAUCAUCAGCAUCCUACAGGAUUCGAACGUGCGACCUUCCAACUUAGAAGAGGUUAUUGUGCUAUCCACGCCGAUUCCACGGUAAUCCACCUGAGCUAAGAAUGCAACUCAGCCGAUAGAGUCGACGCAACGCAGCCGGCACAACAGAACACUGGGACGGCGAGACGAGACGACUCAGCUCUAUUCAAAUACCUUAAAUACCUUUCUUUGCAGGGAAUGACGUGGGCGCGUGUACCCUGUCGCUCGCUUUGCUUCAUGUGGGAAACGUGUGGCACCAGGAUCAUUGUCAAGUCCGGUCGAUUGUGAACAUGGUGGGUUCGUCGAAGGAGCUCGGGUUGGCGUAUGCACAGACAGCACACUUGGGAGUGUGAAAAGGGUAAAAGGGGGGGGGGGGUACCUGGGCAUGAGGUUGGAAAUUGCAUCACGCCACCGUAAUCG